AUGAACUAUAACAAUAGCAGCAACUCUAAUACGAAACGUUAAAAUAAGAAGAAUAAAGCCUUAAAGAAAUACAAUAUUUUGGGUUAAGAAGAUAAACAAUAGAUUUUGGAGAGUUUACAAAAAGACUCUUCUUUAGAAAUGUAUUAAAUAUUAAGUGAGAAAUACAACACUUCUAUUAAAAAUCUUAGAAGAUGGUAUUAAGAUGGUAUUGCUAGAAAACCAGGUUGUGGAAGAAAGAAACUUAAUACUAAGGCAGAAGAGGAAUUAAGAUAAUGGAUUAUAAAAGAGAGUGUAGAAUUGAGAAGAAGAGUUAGAAGAUCUUAACUAAAAUAAAAGGCUAUAGAAUUAUUCAAUAUUCCAAAUUUUAAAGCAAGUAAAGCAUGGUAGGAUGAAUUCAUUAGAAAUUUUGAUAUCAAAUAUUAGGUUAACGAAAUAUUAUACAAUAAAGGAAUUUUAAAUUAACUGUAAAAAGUAAAAUUUGAAGAGCAAAGAAGAAAGAGGCAAUAAUAAGUUUAAUCAAUCGAUCAAAAAUCAGAAAAAUAAGAAUAACUUUAAUAAAUCUUUUCAUAAUAAGCUACAGAAAUACCAUAAUCAAAACUUGAAAUAUUAAACAUAUAACCAAAAGUUUCUGAUUUUAAAUUGGAAGAUUGGUCUUUUGAAAAAUAAGAAGAAAAUAAAGACUACUUAUCAGAAAUAUUUUCUCCUAAACUAGAAUUUUUCAAUGAUGAAAAGUCAAAUUAAUAUUUAAAUAUAACAAUUCUCAAUAUAAUAUUAUUUAUCUAUUAUUAUAUUAAUAUAUAAUAAUUAUUAUUAAAUAUAACAACCAAUUAAAUGGAGAGGGAUUGUAAAUAUAAGAAAUUUGUAUUUAGUUUUUAAAUAAACAGCAUCUAACUUUUGUUAAAAUCCUAAUAUCAAGAAUCCUGAUUAAUUUCCUUAAGUUAUGGAAUAAUAUGAUAGAUAGUAUAACCUUUAUAUGAUUAUUAGAGUUUGUUAAAAUUUUGGUUAGGCUUAUCCAUAAUAACCAAGUUAUUAGUAAUAGUAAUUGAAUAUUCCACAAUAAAAUACCUUACUUGAUCAUUUUUCUCGUUAAACUUUAUUUGCAGAUUAAGGGUAAUUAUGUAAAGUGAAUUUAGACAAUUACUUCAAUAUUCAUAAACACUUGAGAAUGCAAAGAUUUAAUAAGAGAAUAACAAACCAAUAUAACAAAAACAUUUAUUAAUGGAUCAUAUGUUGGGAAGUUAAUUUGUUCCUGUUCCUAAUAAUUAUUUAGACUUUAAUGUGAAUUCAAAUUAACUAGGUUAAAUAAAUAAAUAGCCAACUUAUUUUAGAGAUCCUAAUGAUGUGGGUGAAUUUUAAAAAAGAUAAAUUCAAUAUCUAUAAGCAAUAAAUGAUCCCUCUCCUCCUGAAUAAGUUAAAUUAUUCAAAUAAAAUAUUCAGUAAUUAGGUGGCAUUGAAGAUACUAUUGGGAGUAUAACUCUUUUGUUAUUUAGACAUGUAAUAAACAUUAAAUCAAUAUGAAAUUAAACAUUUAAACAACAAGAACAUUAAAUAUUAUCCCUUAUCUUAACCUCCUUUGACUUAAGAAUAAAUAGAAUAUUAGAAAUCAAUUUCAAGUAUCAAAUAUAUUUUAUUCAUUAGGUAAUCCUCAUCCAUUUUUAUAUAAUCCAGCAGAUGAUAAGGAUAGAUUUGUUUAUGGGUCAUUAAAACCAGCUUAAAAUAUUUUAGAUUAAUAAUAAACUUAAUAAUCUUAGUUUUAUUGUAUAUUUUAUAUUUUUAUAAAGAAACUUUGCGUUAACAAUACAAUCAAGAUUUUAAUUAAAUGUAAGAAAGAACUUAACAUAUAUAAUAACAAGAGUAAAGAUAUUAAUAAUAAAAUCCUCAAUCAUGCUAUUUUGAUUCAAUUGAACAAUCUAAAAGAUUGAGAAUGAUGAAAUUAUAACAAUUAUAAUAAAAACGAUGA